AUGGAAAAAGUCGUGGCAUAUUUGUUGGUGGUGGUCAUCAGUGUCUGUGCAGAAACCAUCUGUCGAGAUCAGAGAUGGUUUCACGACUCCCGUUACUGCCUCAUAGAUGAGCAGAUGACGUGGCAGAACGGCUCCACAAUCUGCUCAGACAUAGGCGGUGGCUUGGCGAUACCUGACUCCCUGGAGGAGCAACAGUUCAUCUGGGAGAUGUUCACAGACACGAUCUCCACGGGAGAUGUUUGGAUCGGCUGCACGCUACAGAACAACCAAUUGGUGUAUCCUGGCGAGGGAGGCCAGGUGUGUGAAUACACCAACUGGGCACCGUUGGAGCCGUAUCACAAUAAACGAUGCGUAAUUCUGUGGAGUAGACAUGCCGGCAAGUUUGAUGACGUUCCGUGCACUCCAUCUCGUUACGUGAUCUGUGAGAUCCCUGCUACUCCACUGGUUACGCCGGGGAUGUCCUGCCUGCAAGCGUACGCCGACGCCCGCUCCCCAACCCACUGCCUGACCGAUCACGUCAUCAAGGAGUUCCCCGUCAAGGGUGCCAUCGCCUGUGGUUCGGCCUGCUGA